AUGCUACGUGGUGCAAAGACGGGUUAUCUCUUCCCUUCCAGCCACAGCCGAAACUUCCCGGCGCAUGGCUACACCGUCGCCUCCCUUUGUAAGGCGCGUUUCCACACCAACACGUCCUCUCUAGUCCUUACGGUCGGCUUCUUGCUUCCCACCCUCACCAGUGUCAACCAGAAGUUGGAAAAGCACGUCAACCAAGGGGAUGACAUCUCAAUGAAGGAGUUGAUGACGAUUUUUGUGGAGAGCGGGCAGACAAAUUUGAUCGCCUUUGCGGAUCGUUUGACGCGGGUGGCGCUAGAGACGGUCCUCGCCUGCGUCCUGAUCGAACGCCAGACGGCCUUUGCGGAUAGCGUCGUCUAUGUGUGGGAUCUCUACCCUCGUUUACACACCCAUUAUGUCGGGGAACUCUUUCAACUUCUUUGUGUUCCUCGUUUUCUCGCGACGCUGUUAGGGCCUUCUCCUUCGCAAGCGGAUUUGGAUUUCGUUACGGCCGACGUCGCCCCGCUUGCGGCCGUGGAAGAUGUGAUGAAACGACGGGUAAUCGCGUGGACGGCGAACGUCGUGGUCGAUCUCGCCCGCCUCGUGUGGGGAGGAAGAGGAGGGGGAGGGCAAAUAAAGGAUAUCAAAACUGCCGCUCUCACGCAGGUGGUGUUGCACACAACCACCACUCUUUGUGGGGUGAUUGGAGCGGGGAUUGGGCGGGGAAUCGGAGGGGGAAGAGGGGAGUAUUGGGGGGAACUUCUCGCCUUGGCGUGCGUGCCGAUGGUUAACGUGGGGUACGCCGUGCGGAUGGUGCGGCGGCAAGGCGGCGGAGGCGCAGGGGUUCGCGGCGCCACCGCCCCUUCUACUGGUGGGCAUCGCCACCACCAUCGGCGUGGAGGUGGUGAACGGACGACGAGCAUGAAUAAACCCGCCGUCGCAGCGUAA